AUGUCUCUCAGCAGGGAGGAAUUGAGAAAAGAAGCCGUUGCAUUCUGUCAGGCAUUCGUCGACGGAAUCUCGCCUGACAUUAUCCUUUCUUCACACUUCUCUUCAUCACCUCGAAUCACAGAACAUGGUCCUGAGAAUUCAGAACUUCCAUUUCUAGGUAAAACAUUCUCGGGUCGUAAAUGCGACUCCUCUGAUAAUCAAACAUGCGACGAUUACUUCAACAUCCUAUCUCGAACCCUUCAGUUUCAACCCUCACCAUCUACAUUUCCCUCACCGCAGUCUUUCAUUGUCGAUGAGACGUGUGAGCUUCAGGGGAAGAAAGGUGUCGUUAGUGUUGUCGGAAGUGCCACUUUCAAAAGUUUGACGACGGGAAAGAGUUGGGAUGAACAAUUUAUAUAUCGAUUGAGUGAAUUUGAUGAGGAGGGCAAGAUUGGUCAUUGGGAGAUUUGGGCUGAUACUCUGUCUGCUUGGAAUGCUGUUCACAGUUGA